AUGUCGCUACGCUUUCCUCUUCCAUCAAACUCGACGCCUCCAGCCUUCCUUCACCACCGGAGAUACCGAAUGACUCCUACCGACACAUUGACCUCACCUUUCAUCUCCUGUGACCAGCACGCCUUAAACUUAAUCAUCUAUCUAUCUAUCUAUCUAUCUAUCUAUCUAUCUAUCUAUCUAUCUAUCUAUCUAUCGCAGUCUGUUCGUAUCUAUCUAUCUAUCUAUCUCAGUUUGUUCGUAUCUAUCUAUUUCAUUCUGUUCGUAUGUAUCUCAAUCUUUUCAUAUCUAUCUAUCUAUCUAUCUAUCUAUCUAUCUAUCUAUCUAUCUAUCUCAGUCUGUUCGUAUCUAUCUCAGUCUGUUCGUAUCUAUCUCAAUCUUUUCAUAUCUAUCUAUCUAUCUAUCUAUCUAUCUAUCUAUCUAUCUAUCUAUCUAUCUCAGUCUGUUCGUAUCUAUCUCAAUCUUUUCAUAUCUAUCUAUCUAUCUAUCUAUCUAUCUAUCUAUCUAUCUAUCUAUCUCAGUCUGUUCGUAUCUAUCUCAAUCUUUUCAUAUCUAUCUAUCUAUCUAUCUAUCUAUCUAUCUAUCUAUCUAUCUAUCUAUCUCUAUCUCAUUCUGUUCGUAUCUAUCUCAUUCUGUUCGUAUCUAUCUAUCUAUCUAUCUAUCUAUCUAUCUAUCUAUCUAUCUAUCUAUCUCAGUCUUUUCGUAUCUAUCUCAAUCUUUUCAUAUCUAUCUAUCUAUCUAUCUAUCUAUCUAUCUAUCUAUCUCAGUCUGUUCGUAUCUAUCUCAAUCUUUUCAUAUCUAUCUAUCUAUCUAUCUAUUACUAAAACAUUUUCCAGUAAUCAGUCUGUCUAUCUAUCUCCUUGUUGCUGCAUUAUUGGCGUAACACAAUCUCCCUCUAUAUACGCAGAAAUUGACUAA